AUGGCGUCGGUACAUAAGUUGUUGCCGACCGCUGCUGACUUUUACGCAGAGUUACAAGCUAGAUCAAAUGCAGCAGAAAACCAUCGCCAUAAGAAAUUUGCAGCUGUGAUGAUCUUGAUUAAAUUUACUCGCGGUUGGCUAGUUCGUAGAUACUUGGCGUGGUUAGCAAAUAAUGCUAGGACCAUCCAAUGUGCUUUUCGCAAGUUUGUGGCUAUGAAGGCAAGACGUGCAGCGCUUAGAAGAGCCGUGCGUAACAAACAUGACAAAUAUUACGCUCACGCUGCUACAAUCAUACAGGCGUUGUGGCGUGGACACUACUCAAGACGCACAAAGUUCUGCUAUCGAAAAUAUCGCAGCUGGUUGGCUACUGUGAAAGAACGCGGAGAAAGGCGAGCGGCUGAAGCUGCAGAAUUCGGCAUUAGAAGUCGAGCAGAUGAUCUCAGGAUCUUAGAAGAGGAGGCUCGCACGUGGCUUGCUUUCGUUGUCUUCAAAUUACAUCAUUUACUUAGAACAUACGUCUGUGCCGGGGUGUAUUCAGAUCAUGCAACAUCAGAACUAUCAGAAUUCGAAAAACUAUUAAAAUCUAUUCACUACACGGAAUAUAUGAAGAGAUUGAAGCGGAAAUAUGAUGAGUUUGUAAGAAAACACCGACCGACAUUUUCGAAUAAGAGGUUGUUUCCGAUUAUAGGGGAUGGGGCCGAGUAUUGGUAUUUAUCGUUGGCCGAAAUGUAUGAACUGACUAAACCGACACCGAAACGGGAGGAUAACAGGCAUCGGGCGAUGCAUCAUGGUCGGAUACAUAAAGAACCUUUUUUGUGGAGGAGACCUAGACCAGCCGGACCAAUGGAAGACCGCGGACCGUUUACACCAACAAAGUGUAUGAUGAAGUCUCCUCCACCUCCAGCGCCGACACCUAUUCGAGCUGGAGGAGAUGAAGAAAAGCGAGCCGUGCCGAAGGACCCCAGGUUCCAUCUCUAUGUCAAACAUUAUACUCCAGAUCCCGCUUUGUUUGAUUACGUCGACUUUUACAUUAACGCCCUGCUACAACGCCAGUGUUCCAUCGAGAACAUCGAUAAUAACAAGCAAUGA